AUGUUGCACAAGGUGAGUUUGGUGUCCUGUUCACAGUGGUGCACUGUUAACCGUUUCUCUACUGUUUUUCUUGCAGUGCUUGGCACAUACACUGAGAACGUUCAUUUCUAUGGGAUCCCCACUCGUCCGCUUGCAGAUAUCCUUAAGAAUCUCAAUUAUCGUUCUUUUAAGGUAGAACCAGCGCAGGCGAUAAUCGGACAGCUGACAGUCAAUUCAUCUACGCGCAGCAUGCUGGGGGCUGGUGGAUUUAAGACUGCUCAUCCUGGUUGGCUUUCUCUCACUCCUCUUGUUAAAAGUGGGCUAGGAUCGGUUCCUGGUCAAAAUGUUGCAGUGAAGCGACCGUUUCAUAAGGUGUUUCCAUCCGCCUCAAGCCUUAUGUACAAAAUAGGUCGUUUUUCGUCAAUCGACGAAAUAGCCAAGCUUGGCAAGGAAGCAAACAUUUUAUAUUGGGCUCAUUCUCUCCUACAGCUCACAUAUGCCUUCAUCGAUCACUGUAUUGCCUCCUCUGAGGAACCUCCGCCAUUUGACAUCCCUCGUGUGCGCUUCGUUGACGCUGGCUUGGCGAUCUCUUACUCUCAACGUGAUUCCAAACCUACGAAGGCAGGCUCAAAAACAGGCUCGUCGUGUGUGGGAUAUCUUGUAGAGGAGCUUAUUGAAGGCGGGCCAGACGUUUUUAUGAAGUUCAUUCACAACAUGGACUCUAAUCCUCUGCUCGAUCAUGAUGAUUAUGGCUAUGAAGUAGCUUCGUUCUUUUCUUUCACGCAACACGUGCAGUAUGUAAAGACGGGUGGCUUGGCCUUCAUCUCAGACUAUCAAGGAAGCACAGAGCUGCUGACGGACCCGCAGAUCCUAACAGACCCGUGCGAUCUUUUUGGCGAGGGGAAUAUGGAAUGCACGGUUAGCAUGUUCGAGAAACAGCACAAAUGCAAUGAGUUUUGUGAGUGGCCAGGGUUUGGAUUGGUGCCCUUCGCCACGACAACAGAAGACGAAAGCACAGAGGAGACGGAAGCUGGAGAAGCCGGAUGUAGGGAAGAUGGUCCAAUUGCCUCUUAG